UUUGUGCACGUGGCUACACAAAUCAGCCAAUCGCAAGCCACGCUGUGCGCGAAACUAUAAAUAGGAGCGCGUCCGAUUUCCAAAUCAGUACGUUUUAAAUUUCUUCUGCAACGGUAGAAAAUGUGCUAAACUCGAUAGUGUCCUUAGUUUCAGGUGCCACGACUCCUGUGUAAAAUUAUCGCUGUAUAGUUUCCCUGAUGGCAGACAGAAAGGAGCCCAUAAAGGCCACUUCCUAUAAAGGUGGCUCAGAUAAGAAGUACUUUCCGCACUUGAAGCCCCUCUCCGUCUAUUCUCGCAUGGUCUAUUGCAAAGCCUUCGGUUCAUGUUCGGGCAAUCGGUCAUUGAGUCCUGACAAACCUUCUUGGACCUUGAAAGUAGAGUUCGAUAACAGCAGGGCGUCUGUUGGACGCAAGAGACGAUUGGAUGAUUCAUGCCUCGAUGAUACGUACGACACCCCACCGAAAAAACCCUGCCUUGACAAACGCUCUUCUCCAGAUUCAGCCUCCGUUUUGGAGUGCUCGCUAGGCACCCAAACCGGAAGCGAUGAAGGCUAUUUUACUAAAUCGUUUUUCACACCUGAACCAGGGGGGAAAAAAGACACAACAGAAGGCGAGGAGGAGUUGAAUUUUACAAGAUCAUAUAAAAGGACGAUCCCAAUCGCAUCCACCCCGUUGCACAAAUCUAGGGAGUUUGUUAGGCGAACUCCAUUAAGUCCUAAGCUAAACUUAGAGAAAGAGAGCUGGUCCUCACCUGCAAUAAUUCGCCAGCCUGCAAAAGACUCCUCGGCCAUUUCCUUAAGUGCGUAUGUGAAUUUGGCCGCUGAUUAUACAGAAGCAUCAACCACAAUCCCUUUCUUGAGCGUUAACGAGGGUAAAGAGUCUAACAUACCGCGUCUAGGCACCACGGCGAUCCACAAGUCGUUGGUGUGCCGCGAUCAGGAGAAGCACACCACUGCUAUCCAGGUGAGGGAGGAUGUGCGGUCGGUCAGUCAGCAGCAAGCUGCCUCUGACAUUCAAGUGAUGUUCAGGGAGGAAAUGGACUCCGAAGACAGCUUCAACGACUCGCUGCCUCUUCAGGUCCAGGUGAAAUCAAAGGUGGUUUUGCCCAAUAAACAGCAGCCAGAAGCAGUCAAAGCACCAGCACACCAACAGCCAGAGAAGAAAGCAGCAUCCGAUGGGCGAAGAAAUGGUUUCAGAGAUGUCCCAAGACCGGUGGUGUUGUAUAGAGAGGAGGACUGGGAGAAAAGGAAGGAGGUGUACGUCGACUCAGUGACGAGACACAUAACCGAUAACGUGAAAGAUGGUGUAAUGACUGAGCUUUUUCAUCUCAUGAACACCGUAGCCAAUCAGGAUAGAGGAGGCGAUGGGAGAAAGUGGCAGCACCCUUCAGACCUCACGCGCAGGUACGCUGACAACGUAGGAGGCAAAGAGCAUGCUGAUAAACUACCGGUUGCGUAACACCGGUCGCUUGCUAUCGUUGGACGAAUGGCAGAUCCUGAACUUUCGUAACCAUCGCCGCUUUGUUAAAGUGCCUCGGGUGUUCCGGCGAAGCUCUGUGCGCUGAUUCUUUACAGCAAAGCGAACGUCGCACCCUCCCCAGCCCCAAAUCCCUGGUUUUCCUUCUGUGUUUGACACUGAACUCGAGCCUCUUUUCCAUAUUCAACAUGGACCCAGUGGGGACCUCAUGUGGUCUCAUGCACUUCUCUUUGACUUAAUUGUGUAUUUUAAAAAAAGUGUGUUGUUUUUGAAUACUUUGUGUCGUGUGUGUGUGUGUGUGUGUGUGUGUUAGAUUUUAGUUGUUUGUGGUUUGUCACUGAUGUAACAUUACAAAUUAGCAGCGUUCUCAUAAUAAGAAAUGAAGCGAUUUCCGAUUCUGCCUUUCUUCAGGCAUCUGUGUUGUAAUUUCCCUUUAACCAUAUUUACACAACGAUGUGAUGUUUAUCCCUGUGUUCUGAAGUAAGUACCUCCAACAGCCACUUACAGAAGUACCUAGAUCCUGCACUCUUGUACUUACAUUUCCCUUUGGACUUUCUGGAUCUGUCCCUUGUUUAUUUUUGUGGAUUCCUGUAUACUUGUUUGUACAAUUUGCAGGUUCGUUGCUGUGUUCACUUUUUUUUCCUUUGCACUUUUUGUCGCUCGUUCGAUUUCAAAGGAAAAUUAAAUUAUGGAAAGUCUUUUUCA